CAGGAGAAGCCGUAUCACUGUGAACAGUGUGGGAAGAGUUUUACUCAACAGGGUACUCUUAAAUCACACCAGAGUAUCCACACAGGAGAGAAACUGUAUCACUGUGAUCAGUGUGAGAAGAGUUUUACUCAACAGGGUCAUCUAAAAUCACACCAGAGUAUCCACACAGGAGUGAAGCCGUAUUACUGUGAACAGUGUGGGAAGAGUUUUACUCAACAGGGUAAUCUCAAAUCACACCAGCGUAUCCACACAGGAGUGAAGCCGUAUCACUGUGAACAGUGUGGAAGAGUUUUACUCAACAGGGUACUCUCAAAUCACACCAGAGUAUCCACACAGGAGAAGCCGUAUCACUGUGAACAGUGUGGGAAGAGUUUUACUCAACAGGGUCAUCUCAGACACCAGCGUAUCCACACAGGAGAAGCCGUAUCACUGUGAACAGUGUGGAAGAGUUUUACUCAACAGGGUCAUCUCAAAUCACACCAGAGUAUCCACACAGGAGAGAAGCCGUAUUACUGUGAACAGUGUGGGAAGAGUUUUACUCAACAGGGUCAUCUGCUUAGACAC